GACAACACACCUGGCAGGCUUUUAGAAUUUGUUCCACGAAGACAGAAUUUGAGCCACUCAUCACACGGCCCAACAAGCAAACAGGGCAAUAAAGAAGAGAACUCACGCAUCACACAAGCUCUACUCUUGAGGAAAGACUAUUGGAUUGAAGGCAGCUGCCGACACUUAUUCUGUUUCUGUCUGUCUGAGGUUGUCCCACCACGUUGCCUGUCUUUGGUGUGAAUGAAUGAAUCGAGAGAAGAACGCUUUCAAACAGUUGACAACCCGCUUUCGUCUUUGGUAGCCACCAAAAUUUGCGGAAGACAAUCUCACAUAUUCUUUAAGCUACCCACCGUCGUUAUCUUUUCCAAUUGCACCAGCCAUGAUGAUGAUGAUGAGAUCCUCUCGUUUAACUUUGGUCGCCUUGGCAUUGGCACUUUGUGAGGUGGAUUCCUUCACGGCUACCCACACUACCACUACUACCGGUAGGAACAAGAAUACCCAACUGGAUUUGGUUCCCGCGCAAGGGGCCCAACUGGCGGCCGCCUUUACGGUUGCCUGUGAAAAGAAGAUACCUCCCGCCGCCACGGCCGACGAAACGAGCAUUAGCUUGUUGGCCAAAACCAAAGCCAAAAUGUCCCGCAUCUUUUCCAUUCCCGGAGCCAUCAUGGGACGACAUCCUGCGGCUGCUCCGGCAUUGUUGGAGUUUGGUGCGCUCGUAGUAGACAAAGAGGAGGUUGUGGAUGACGUGGUCUUGUAUCCAUUGGUGGGAUUCCAAUUUGUCAAGGGCAAGAAUGGCGAUGCGGUGGUGCUUCCGACUCAAUCCAAUCCGUCCUGUCGAAUCUCCAAUCUGCCCGAUCAAGAAGUCUACGGAUGGUACUGCACAGCCUGCCGAUUGGAUAGUAUCUACAGUGAUACCUAUUGUGAGGAACCCAAGAUUGAACAACACAACAUGGAAGACACCAUGGUGGAUCUGUCCUUGUAGACACGACCACACACACCCACAAUUUCUAACAAAUGAUCACUGCAGCACACUCUCUCUCUCUCUCUCUCGUUUUUGGAACCAGCUACCCCACGCAACAUGCAACGCUGUAUCUAUCAACACAUUCGGUUCGGUACUCCAAGACAAUACAACCAGCAACGACGACAACAAAAUACACAGGAACAUACGGUACCCGCCACAGAUCCACAAGACAUAUUAUACCCAUGGUCGGCCUGUCGAAACGAGAGCAUGGAAUGACAACACGACAACUUUCUCCAUUAUGCCUCUAGAGGGACCCAUUCUUUCCGGGCAGCACCUACUUGACGGUGAAACAACACCCUGACUGCCACCUAACAAUACUGCCACCAGCAUGCAUCCUGACUACUCUCAUCUUUACUACUUUAUACAAUGUACCAUUUCUGUUGCCACCUGUUCUAAUGUAAUAAUGGCAACUAUUUCACCG